GGAAAAAAAAAAAAAAUGGUCUGGUCAUUUGAAAAAUCACACACGAAACUUGAGGUACAUAAAGGUUGGUGUCAAAGUUUUGGAUCCAUGUUUCUAUCUUUUACCUGCAUUCUCUUUCUAAUGUCUGCUUCAACCAUAUUCUAUGCUUUGUGUUGCACUGUCGUCAAUGAUUUUGCUUUCAACCAAACCCGUAAUAUGGAAUGUACCAUUGCUGUCCAACAAAAACAUGCAUCUGGCUAUGAUGCUGCAUAUGUUUGCUAGCAUGUUGAUAGAAUUAUGUAUUUUCAUGGAAGGUUUUGUUUUUGCAGGAUGGGCAGAUAGAUUAUGGGGAAUUUGCUGCAAUGAUGAGAAAGGGCAAUGGAGGAGUUGGGAGGAGAACAAUGAGGAACAAUAUAACCCUGGGAGAAGCUCUAGGAGUAAUAGAAAGAGAAAAAUCUUAGCAUUCUACUCAGCACCAACUCUAGCCAAAUCUUAUAAUUUUUGUGGGCAGCUGCGAUUUUUCUUGGAAUUACAAGAAGCAACAUCGCACCUUGUUUAGCUUGAAUGUUAAAAGGUGAUUAUAGGUAUCGUUAACAUUUUCAAACUCUUAUGGAUUGUUUUGGCGGGUAAGAGGUGACUAAAUCAGUUGAAUUUGGCUCCGAGGAGCAGUCUGUUAAUUCAUAAUUCAGCACACAACCUUGUAAUUUGUGGGUUUUUGAGACAGUAAUUUGCAUCC